AUGUCAACCGCCGAGCUUCGUCAGCGGCCUGUUGCAAAGGACGACGUGCCGGCUCCGAACCUCGCCGCCGGCAUAACCCCAAGCGACGACGAGAAGAAAAAGGAGGCUCACCCUUCUGGUAAGGCUCAACAUGGUCCGAUCUUCUCUGCGCUGCGAGCGCUUACUUUUGGCAUAUACUUUGCCACGUCCUGUAUUGUUUGCGUCAUCAGAAUUCAUAUUACGCAGAUUCUUGGCUGUCCGCUGUACCUACUCAACCGCGACUUUUACUAUGCCUACAUGGCCCUUACGAAACAGUCCUUUGGACUCCUCGGUACAACCAUGACUCACUGGUGGGCGCCGACAAAGAUCAGGGUCAGCGGAGAUGCAUCGGUGGCUGGGCAGUUGAGUAUCACUCCCGACGGUAGAAUUGAAUGUGCCUUUCCCGAGCGUCUAGUCAUGAUUGCGAAUCACCAGAUAUAUACGGAUUGGCUGUAUCUAUGGUGGGUCGGAUAUACAAAUAACCCAGCUAUGCAUGGCCAUUUGUACAUUAUCCUCAAAGAGUCACUCAAAUACAUCCCUGUUAUAGGGCCUGGCUGCCUGUUGUUUGGUUUCAUCUUCAUGUCACGGAAGAUGGCCACUGAUCAGCCCCGAUUGGCUCACCGGCUUCAAAAACUCCGAAAGAAAGUCAUCAGCCCAGAUGGAGAGGAAUUCUUGAACCCAAUGUGGCUGCUCCUAUUCCCCGAGGGCACGAAUCUGUCCAAUAAUGGUAGAGCAAAGUCGGCCAAGUGGGCAGAGAAGACGGGAGUAAAGGACCCGAGACAUCUCCUCUUACCUAGGAGCACCGGUACCUUCUUCUGCUUAAACGAGCUACAGGAAACUGUGGAAUACGUCUAUGAUUGCACUGUGGCCUACGAGGGCAUCCCCCGGGGAGGAUAUGGUGAGGAAUAUUUCACUCUCAGUAGCACCUAUUUCCGCGGAAGACCGCCAAAGUCGGUCAACUUCUACUGGCGACGCUUUGCAUUGGCAGAUAUGCCCCUGGAUGAUGAGGAGAAAUUCUCCAAGUGGAUGCAGGAUCGGUGGUACGAGAAGGAUGACCUGCUUGAGCAGUACAUCUCCACAGGUCGCUUCCCCGCAAAUGGAGCUGGCAUCAAGGGACAUAUCGAAACUGAGGUGCGAACUCGUCACUGGUGGGAGUUUAUCAAGAUUUUCAUCAUGCUUGGCGCGUUCGGUUUGACCUUUAGGUUAAUCCUCCAAGCCUUGAACAGCCUUCAAAGCUGGGCAGCAUCGAGGGUUAACAACUGA